GGCGUUUCCGAGCCGGUUCCUACGGCACCUUAAUGACUUUUUUGCCAAGUUGAUCCCGCAUAGAGUUGACGCAGGAGUGAAACAGAAUGUAAAAAGGAAUGCAGAGACCGUCUGUGACUUCGCCGACCGCCUGCAGAAGACCUUCCACAAUCAGAACUUUCUCGCUGGUGCUGACGUCAUGCACUCCGGCAGCGCCUACGAGGGCCUUUCGGUGAAGCCCAAGACGGACUUCGACGUGAUCGUGGUCCUCGCCUUGAAGUGCCUGGAGGACGACUUCGAGGUGAUUCGUGAUGAAAGUUUGUUCUUUAAGAUAAAAACUAAAACAGGCUUCGUUGAUGCUGAGAAGCUCCAGGAACUGCUGUUUAAGGAACUGGCGGAGUGUGUGGAGAAGACGAAGGUAGAAGGAGCGAGAGUGAGAUGUCGAGAGGGACUUGCUUCUCUUGACGUCGAGAUCGAAACUGCUUUAGGCAAGAUUUCGGUCGACUUUUUGUCGCCCGCGAGGGAGGGUUAG